GACAGUCAUUCUUGAUGCCAUCAAGCAGAGGGGGGAGGCAUCACCUCUUUGUCUUUCUUCGGGACGGCCACCCUAGCCAACCUGCUCUAGCUUUUCUCUGCAUUAACAGCAAUUUACAGCAUAAGCCGCUGGGAAGGUCUCUCUCUCUCUCCUCCAAAGUUGUUUAACUAAGGUUUGAUUCCUCUCGAGCGGCCAUCAUGGAAAUCCGGACCUUUUCCCAUCACAGGGAGGAAGAGCAAAAAGAAGAGAGACACCGAGAUUUUCAAAUGUCCUCUAGAACAAGGAAGGCAAAGUUUAGGACCAGUGAAGAAGAGGAAGGCUUCACACUUUCAGAUUUGUCCAUAGCAGCUGCCCUCGCAUUGACAAUGGAAGAAUCAUGGGAAACCAAGAAGAGGAAGGAGGUGGCCAUCCUGGAGCUGGAGGAAAGGGGCCAGAAAAGGGUCCGGUUCGGAAACGACAUGGAGAAGCUGGAGAAAGCUGUCAUUAGAAACUGCCGCCUGCUGCGUGUGAGGGCCGACAAGAAGGCUCUCCGGAGAAAGGCUGAAGCAAAGGCACAGCUGGAGAAGGAGGUCAUGGAACUGCUGUCGAGCCGAGCCCCGAUGUUCUGGAUCCCUCUCCGCGCUCACGCCGUCUGGGAGCGAAUGAGCGUCACACUGGAGUGCACCGUCCUGGCCUUUCCGCCGCCAGAGGUGACCUGGUAUAAAAAUGGAGUUCGGAUUGACCCCCGUCUCAGUCCAGCUGGGAAAUAUAAGAUGAAAAACGAAUUUGGAAUGAUCACGUUGGACAUUAGCAGAUGCUCCCUGGAUGAUUCCGCUGAAUACAGCGUCGAAGUGAAAAAUCCAUACGGGGAGGCCUACUCAUUUGCUACGGUGUUUGUCAGAAAAUACUAUGGAAAGGAGUCUGGAUUUGAUUCAGAGAUAUACAAACGGUCGCUGAGGGACCUGGAGGCCGACUUUGCUAGCAUCAUGCAGCCCAUCUUCUCCAGAGAGAAGGAGCCCUUCAUACUCUCCUGCACCUUUACUGCAGACUUGCAGGAAUACCAGCGAGACAUCCAGUGGUUCAGGGACGGUGAGUUGCUGGAAGAGUCUGACCGUAGGAAGAUGAAAUGUGAGGACCGGGAGGCUUCGCUGUCGGUGUCUUGCGCUUACAAAGAGGAUGAAGGCUUUUACAGCAUUCGCAUCCCAACACUAGAUGGAUACAACGAGCAAAGAGCUUAUGUGUUUGUUAGGGAUGCUGCCGCGGAAACAGCCGGAGCUCCCGGAGCACCCCUCAACGUCCGGUACCAUGACGUGAAUAAAAACAGCCUCAUCCUUUCCUGGACCACGCCCAGUGAUCAUGGUGGAAGUCCGGUCAUCGGCUAUUAUAUUGAGAGGUGUGAGGUGGGCACCGACAAGUGGCUUCUCUGCAAUGACAAGCCAGUGAAGACCUGCAGGUCACCCAUCAUGGGCCUCACCGAAGGGAAGGCGUACCAGUUCCGAGUAAAGGCCAUCAAUCGGGCAGGAGUCAGUAACCCAUCGAAGGCCAGCGAUCCCGUGACGAUGAUAGAUCCGAACGAAGCCAAAAGAUUGCUAAAGAUUCCUUAUGAUGACGGGAUGAAGACAAUUAUAGUUUCCAAAGAUGAGCUGGAACCCAAGGUCAAGAUCCCCUUUCCACCCACCAAUGUCCAUGCCAGUGAGAUCAGGGAAGAUUAUGUGGUCCUCUCUUGGGACGAGCCAGAUCCCAGAGGCCAAGAGCCGCUGAGCUACUUUGUAGAAAAGUCGAUCGCAGGCAGUGACAGCUGGCAGAUGGUUCAUCCAGACACACAAGUGGACUCCACGACUCUGGCUGUCUUCGAUUUGGUCAAAGGGAAAUCAUACCGCUUCCGUGUGCGAUCAAUGAACAAGUACGGCGUGAGCAAUCCUUCCUUACCCAGCGAGCCCAUCUCCCUUGGCAAAAAAAUAGCUCCCCUCCCACCGCCAGCUCAGGUUUUGACCUUUCGGGACACCAGUACGUCUGUUAUUGUGCAGUGGAGCAAGCCAAAGGAAGGCCAAGAGCCACUGGGUUAUUACCUGUAUUGCCGGGAAGUUGGCACAGAUGAAUGGCAAACGGUCAACAAUAAGCCCGUCACAUGUAAUCGGUUUACUGUUCCAGGACUCAAAACCGGCAAAGAGUAUGUCUUCUGUGUGAAAUGUGUCAAUGAGGCAGGUGUGGGUGACCCCUCCCCUGAAUCUGAUGCCAUCCUUGUGAGACAGGCUAUCGCCUGCCCAUCAGCCCCACGUGGCUUUGCCUUGCUGAGCUGCGGGAAGGACAACAUGACCAUAGGCUGGAAGCCUCCAAAACACAAAGGAGGCACCACCAUCCUGGGCUACUUCCUGGAUCAACACGAUGCAUCGGAAACGGACUGGCACGAGGUCAACCUUAAGCCAAUCGCACAACGUGUUUAUACGGCUGCCGGCCUGACUGAAGGACACUUCUAUGAGUUCCGCGGUUACGCCAUGAACAUUGUUGGCGUUGGGAAGGUCUCAGAACCCAGUGACCUGUUCAAAUGUGAAGAAUGGACGAUGCCAGAGCCAGGCCCCCCGUAUGAUGUCAGGUGUACGGAAGUGAGAGAUACAUCGCUGAUGCUCCGCUGGGAGCCGCCCGUGUACACCGGAGCAGGCCCCGUCACCGGUUAUUAUGUGGAAGCCUGCGAAGAGGGAUCAGACAGCUGGGAGCAGCUGAACAAGCAGCCAGUAUCCAGCACACACAUGAAGCUGUCCGAUCUAGAAACUGGAAAAUGCCUCCUGUUCCGGGUGCGAGCCCUGAACAAGGCAGGGGUUGGCCCCCCGUCUCUGCCAUCAGAUCCUGUGGUAGUGAAAACCAAACCAGGCACCAGAGAAAUUGAGGUCGGGGUGGAUGAAGAAGGGUUCAUCUACAUGGCCUUUGAGGCUCCUGAAGUGGUCGACACCUCAGAGUUCAUAUGGUCCAAGGAUUAUGAAGGGCCCCCAAAUCCUGAUCGGGUUGAAAUUGUGAGCAAAGGUGACAGGUCUAAGCUCAUUCUGAAAUAUGCCACUGAAAGGGAUCUGGGCACUUAUUCAGUAGAAGUCACUGACACCGAUGAAGACAUCUCUGCCAGUCAUGUCUUAACCCAGGAAGAACUGGACAAGCUACGAAAGAUCAGCCAUGAAAUUCGCAACCCAUUGAUUGAGCUGAUAUCUGGGUGGAACAUCGAGGUUCUGGAGAAAGGGGAAGUGCGCCUGUGGCUGGAGGUGGAAAAGCUCUCUCCAGAGGCUGAGCUGCACCUGCUUUUCAACGGGAAGGAGCUUUCAAGCACUCCGACACACAAGAUCAAUUUUGACCGAGCGAAUGGCCUUGUGGAACUGAUCAUCCAGGACUUUUGUGAGGAUGACAAGGGGACAUACACUGCUCACCUAAAGGAUGGCAAAGCUGAAAACCAGUUUACUUUGGUGCUGGUUGGGGAUGACUUUGAUAAACUGAAAGCAGAGGCUGAUGCCAAAAAGAAAGACUGGAAAAGAAGAAAUGGCCCCCAUUUCAUUGAACAGCUGCAGUGGAAGGUUACUGAGGACUGUGAAGUGUGGCUAACCUGCAAGGCGGCCAACAUGAAGAAAGACAGCACCUUCAAAUGGUUCUUUGAUAACAAAGCUCGCUCAGAUGGUCAGUAUGAUCCUGCAACAGGCGUCGGAAUUCUACGGAUCAAGAAGAUUGCCAAAGAGGAUAAAGGGAUGUACAAAGCUGUGGUUUCUGAUGAGCGAGGCCAAGAUACGACUCAACUGGACCUCACGAAGGAAGCCUUUGAUGACAUCCUCAAGGAACUUGCCCGGAUCAGCGUUCUGUUGGCGUCGCCUCUGAAAGUCCAACCUACUGUGGAAGGCAUCAAGAUCUACAGCGAGGUGAAGUACUAUACAGAUGCCAUGAAUGCCACCUGGUAUCACAAUGACAAGCGCCUGUCAGGAGGGGACCGAUUGAAAAUAGGAACCACCAUGGAUCAGGUCUGGCUACACAUCUUGGAUCCCAAAGAAUCCGACAAAGGCAAAUAUACCUUGGAGUUGUUCGAUGGGGAAAAGCCACACAAGCUCUCAACCGACCUGUCCGGGAAAGCGUUUGAUGAUGCGCUCGCUGAGCAUCAAAGGCUCAAGCAAGCAGCUAUGGUGGAAGAGCGCCGAGCCAAAGUUGUCCGUGGCCUUCCUGAUGUUGCCACCAUCAUGGAGACUAAGACGUUGUGCUUGACGUGCAUCAUAUCGGGAGACCCUUACCCAGAAAUCACGUGGUACAAGAACGAAAAAGUCAUUACAUUCAAAGAUCGGUACAAGAUGGAGGUGAAAGGGACCGUGAUCACAAUCACCAUCGAGAAUGUCACUGGCGAGGAUUCUGGGAAAUUCAGCAUCCUCGUCAAGAACCAAUGGGGCUCUGAAACGGGCAGGGUUACUGUCAGCGUGUACAAACGAGGGGAGGAGCCGAAGGAACUGAAAGAGGAGCUGGCCUUGAUGAAAGCCAAGCCUUAGCCCCACCUUGCUUCCGCCCUGAGCUCACCUGCAGGGCACACACAGUGAUCACUGAUGAGCAGAGUUUGGCUUCUUCCUCUGAGUACAGACUGUUUCUCUCCCCUGCUACCAAAUGGCCACCGUGUGCCAGUGCUUCCGGAGCAGACUGGCUGAAGCCCGCACAUUUCUCUCCCUAGGAAUUAAAUGCUAGGGAGGAAUAAUUCCUCAGCUAUGCAUUAGGACUUCUGUUGCCAUUAGCAAUAUCCUGCCAGCAUUUUCUGGCAUAGUAUGGAUCUGUGUGACCUGUGUGCACAUUCGCAGAUUCCCACUUGAUGUGGCAGUUCUGUGGUGAUGAGCCUGCAUGUGUGAACCAUCCCAGGCAGACAAAAUAGAAAAUGGUCUUUAGAGCCUGGAGUAAGAGCGAGAGUGAGAGAUAUGCAGAAGCACUUGUAUCUCUCUGCAGGGCAGACAUAAGCCCGGUCUGAGCUACGCACCAGGAUAUUAUUUAGUUUGUUCAAGCUGACAUGAUGGGUUGGUUCAUAAACAGAGUCCUCAAAUCCACUGCAACACAGAUUAUUCUGUUAUUUUAUCCCGUCUUUCAAGGAAAGCACAGAAGCACUGAUGAUUCCCUUUCCCAGUUUUUCCUCCACAGCAUCCCCAAAAGAUAGCUUAGGCUUAGAGGCAGCAUCGGUCCCAAGGUCACUUUCAGAGUAACCCUAUAUAUGUCUACUCAGACACAAUCCCAGUGAGUUCAGCAGGGCUACUUCUAGGUAAAUAGGUAUCGGACAGUCUUCUGAGCAAGCUGCAUGGUGGUGCUCGAAGAAACCUCUCUGGUCAAGCCACUAUCCACAUGGCCUCAUCAGUGGAUGUUUCUAACCACACCCUUGCUCUGCGCAUGGUUAUCUGCAGUGCAGCUGGGGCUGGACCUGGGACCUGGGGGCAAGGGGUGGGCGAGGCAAAUGCUGCAGAAGGAAGCUCCACUUUAUUCCUGUACUCAUGAUGGUGCUUUUUUGGCAUGAGCCUAAAAAUGUAAAAGUACACAUGCUCAGGGUGCAUCACUUUAAAUCACAGUGAGCUAGUAGUUUGCUGCUGCUCUAACUUAUCUAGAAUGGAGAAGCAGCUCUAAGGCAAGCAGUGUAAGGAAGAACUGCAAGAAUGUGCAUGGCUCUCCAAGGGUCUUUGAUAAGCCAGUAAAGUUCAGGGCGUCAAAAGGCCUCGCUGCAACACAGUUAGAGGUUGCAAAUAAUGAGAAAUACUUCCAAAAGGAAGGCCUGUGUGAAUGCUGUUUCCUUUGUUUGAUGGUGUUGCUGAUCAAGAAUCUGUACUUUGCAUUUUGUGAUUUGUGCUAUACCUUUGAGAUAUAUCUGAAAUAAACAGAAAAAUGUAGAGGUAAUGCAAGAGCAAA